UUUCCUGUUUCAUCACCAGUGUAUAUAUUUGUUGACUUGCAUAAUGAUGGAGGUGCCUCCACAGAGGGUGGUUCCCCCUCUAAGUGUUUCUCGCUCUCUGGUGUUUCAGCACUGGUGGAUGAGUUGGAGGAGGUCAGCACAGAAUUACAAGCCAUUGAGGUGCAGAUUCAUGAGCUGGUGGAGAGGCAGCAGGAAUUAAUGCAGAGCAAGAAUAGACUGAAGAAGAAGAUCCAGACACUAUCGGAGGAUGCUGAGGCUGGGGCCAGCACUCAGUCUACAGACGAUUGGAACAAAGAAGACUUUGUUUGGUCGAAGAACGUUAGGGAGGAGCUGUGCAAUUCCUUCCAGUUGGAUAUCUUCCGGAACUUACAACUAGAAGCCAUAAAUGCCACAAUGGCUGGGAAAGACGUUUUCCUCAUCAUGCCAACUGGAGGUGGGAAGAGUCUGUGUUACCAACUGCCGGCCGUGUGCUCAAAAGGUUUCACACUGGUGAUUUGUCCACUUGUGUCCCUGAUGGAAGAUCAGCUGAUGGUACUGGAGCGAUUGGGGAUCUCUGCCACCUCCCUGAAUGCAGCAAGCAGUAAGGAACACUGGAAGUGGGUGCACAGCGAGAUGAUUAACCGCAAUUCAAAAAUGAAAAUCCUGUAUGUCACACCAGAGAAAAUUGCCAAGAGCAAACUGUUCAUGUCACGGCUGGAGAAGGCCUAUCAGGCAGGGCAGCUGGCGAGGAUUGCAGUAGAUGAGGUUCAUUGCUGCAGCCAAUGGGGACAUGACUUCCGACCAGACUACAAGCUGCUGGGUAUCCUAAAACGCCAGUUUCCCAAUGCCCCUCUGAUUGGCCUGACUGCGACGGCAACCAGCCAUGUAUUAAAGGAUGCCCAGAAAAUUCUCUGUGUUCAGAAGGCGAUCACCUUUACUGCCUCCUUCAAUAGACCCAACUUGUUCUAUGAGGUUCGGCUUAAGCCUUCAAGCACCAAUGACUUUAUAGAGGACAUCGUCAAACUGGUCAACUGCCGAUACAAAGGGCAAUCCGGAAUUAUAUACUGUUUUUCACAGAAAGAUUCCGAACAAGUCACUAUAAGUUUACAGAAACUGGGAAUUCGAGCAGGAACAUAUCAUGCCAACAUGGAACCACGUGACAAGACAAAAGUCCACACUUGCUGGACUGAGAAUAAGAUUCAGGUGGUUGUGGCCACAGUGGCUUUCGGGAUGGGUAUUGAUAAGCCAGAUGUGCGGUUUGUCAUUCAUCACACGAUGAGUAAAUCGAUGGAAAAUUAUUAUCAGGAGAGUGGACGGGCAGGUCGUGAUGACAGACGUGCCGACUGUAUAUUAUAUUAUGGGUUUGGGGACAUUUUCCGUAUCAGUACAAUGGUUGUCAUGGAGAACGUUGGUCAGCAGAAGCUCUAUGAGAUGGUUCGGUACUGCCAGGACCUCACUAAGUGCAGACGUGUCCUGGUUGCCCAACACUUUGAUGAAGUCUGGGACUCUGCGCAGUGCAAUAAGAUGUGUGAUAACUGCAACGCCACCAAGACCUAUGACAAAGUGGAUGUGACAGAUUACUGCAGAGAUAUCCUGAAGAUUCUGGAACAAGCCGAUCAGAUGGAUGAGAAGCUCACCCCACUGAAGCUUAUCGACGCCUGGAUGGGGAAAGGGGCUUCCAAACUGCGCGUCUCCCAGGUCCUCCCCCCGCGACUGCCACGUGGGGAAUUAGAGAGGAUCAUUGCCCACCUCCUGCUGCAGCAAUAUAUACGAGAAGAUUUCAGCUUCACAGCAUACGCCACAAUAUCCUACAUAAAGACAGGAUCCAAAGCCAAUCUGCUCAGAAGCGAGAAGCAUUCCAUCACCAUCCAGAUGAGGACCUCAAACAAGGUAUGUGAUAAUGUGGCCCCUGGUGGAUUUUCUGUUAACGAAGUUAUCGGAUAA